CGCCCCCGCGCUAGUUCGACAGGUACUCGCUGCCACCACCACUACCGCGCUAGUCCGAGGGGUACCCGCCGCUGCCUCCGUGCUAGUCAGUCCUACGGGUACCCGCCCCUGCCGCCGGGCGCUGCCACGCUAGUCAGUCCUACGGGUACCAGUCACUGCGCUAAUCAGUCGGACGGGUACCGCCGCCGCCAUGCCCCUUAUAUCUGUGGACUACGAGGUGUUCGGCAGAGUGCAGGGUGUCUCUUUCAGAAUGUGCACAGAAGAGGAAGCUAAAAAGGCCGGAGUUGUGGGCUGGGUUAAGAACACCCGCCGAGGAACGGUAAAAGGCCAAGUUCAAGGUCCUGAAGAUAAAGUCAACUCUAUGAAGAACUGGCUAAGCCGAGUCGGGAGCCCCAGUUCUCAGAUUGAUCGGACAGACUUUUCCAAUGAAAAAACCAUCUCUGAACUUGAGUACUCCAAUUUUAGCAUUAAAUACUAGUGGAGAAAGAAAUUCUUUUGAAUAAAAUGAUGUUUAAGUGCCA